GUAUGUCGGAACCGUCGUGUGUCAUCCUCUUCUUUCGAGUCGGCGAUUAAUAGCGGACGGACCCAUCCGGCAGAAGGAGACAAACACGGCGGGACAAUGGCAGGAGAGGAAGAACAGAGGCCUGAUAAGGGUUUUAGGUUGAUGGGGAUCCUGGAUGUCCAGAAAACUCCGUGUGCCAGAGAAGCCAUCUUGCAUGGAGCUGGAGGCUCACUAGCUGCUGGCCUGCUUUACUUUCUGGCUACCAGUCGGGUUAAGAGGUCUUUCGACGUAGGAGUUGCGGGUUUUAUGGUCACCACACUUGGUUCCUGGUUUUACUGCAGGAUAAACAACGCUAAACUACGCGUGCAGCAGAGGUUCAUCCAGGAGGGCUUAAAGAACAAAGUGGUGUAUGAAGGAACGGUUCGAGACCCCACAAAAAAGAGACACCCUCAGGCCCCUCGUGACCUCCAGCACUGAACCUCCUCCUCGUUUUCAGUGAGGAUUUGGAGGACACUGUUCGGGUUAACGGACUGAACUGACUCUGACUGUACACAUCAUGGAAAAUACUGAAAACCAACAUUUUAUGAAUCUUAUUUUUGUUGUUGCUUGUUGUCAAGGAACUCAUUAAAUAUUGUUUCUGUUUGCAAAAUGCCUGUUUUCUCAGUGAAGUGAUACAUUUGAAUGUACCCGAAACUCCACACUCAGUCCCUUAUACCCAAAACUUGUACUGACUGGGAGGCAAAGCUGCUCAUACUGUGUAUCCUACUCUGAAAUUAAUAACAAAAAAUCCUUGGUGUU